AUGUUUCAUGCCGCGAUCCUUCAGAGGCCGCGUGGGCAGCAGUGCCGGAGCGACGACGAGGUGAUCGAGCGUGCAAAGGAGGCUGCCUCGAGCCCCGCCGCACUCCGUAGGAUGGUGGAAGCGCUCGUCGCGGACGCCUCCGCCGACGACGAGGAGGAGACGGCGCCGAUGCGCGAGGCUGGAGCUGCGCUUCGCCGGCUGCAGCCUGCGGUCGACCCAGGGAAAGCGGCGUGCAAGCUGAAGUACGCGGAGGCGCAGUACGAGGCCAACAAGCAGAUCGCACCGGGGCUGCUCAAGCCUGUCAGGGGCGUGAAGGCGUACAAGCCGAAGGAUGCCUCGAUCGAGAAGGUGUUCUGCAAUCCGCCACGCCUCCGCGCGCCAGGUAUCCUCGGGGACACCAUGGAGGACUGGAGUGUCAUCUACAAGUGUGGUGCGCGGGACGGCAUCAGGGGCAUGUGCAAAGCCAUCUGGUGCGGCACCGUGACCGACGGCGUCAAGGGCAUCAUCUGCGACGUGCGGGCGUGCGCCUUCUACAAGGACCCGCUGUGCACGGAGGGGCCCAGUGCGCGCAUCCGCCCGAUCGCCAUUGGCUGUGCGCUCCGCCGCCUCUGCUGCAAGGCAGGGACGUGCGACUUGGCUCCGGAGUGGAACCGGUUCUACACGACGAUGCACCCGGACGACGCGGCUGAGUGGGAGGCGGACAUCUGCUCGGCCGAGGCCGCCCUCUCGCAUGCGAAGCAGGCGGAGGCCCAUGCGGAGGCGGUGAAGGAGCCGCGCAACUUCGUCCGCAACAAUGUCUUUGCAAAGGCGGGGUGCGAGCGCACUGCUUACCAUGUGCGCUCGUGGAUGGAGUCGCCCCGCUGCAAGGACGACAUCAUCAUUGACGACGACAUCGAGUGCAUGUACAACGCCACAUGCCGCGUGGCGAUGUUCAAGGCGCUGCGGGAGGAGCCGCUCUUCCAGCAGUGCGUCCCCCGCAACGUGACGGCGCUGCACCAAGCGGCGCACGCCGUGCUAGCGCACGCCGGCGCGGACGUCGUCUUCGGCGCGGAGGCGUACUGCUACCACUGCUCUCGCACCGGGGACGCGGAGCGCCUGCGUAAGAACACUCUCUUCCGCUUCCUCAACGGCGGCUGCAUGGCUGCGCGCGCGGCGCCGCUCGUGCAGAUGCUGCAGGCGUACCUCGACGAGAUGGGGCGCGACGGCAAGCUGCGUGGCACGCCCGAAGCGGACGCGGCCCGCGCGCACGCGCUGCGCUCCGCCUACGCCGACGGCACGCCACGCGUGUACCACAGCACGCAGCAGGCGCUGCUCACGCGACUCCUCCUCGAGCAGCAGUCCCGCCGCGCUGGCACCAAGAGCUUCCCAACGAUCGCGCUCGACCACAACGCGACGCUCUCCACGCCGCGCAAGCACAUGGAGUGGACGGCGCGCGGCACCAUCCGCUACCAGGCCGCUGGCACCGAGGCGCCCAUCGUCCACUACAACGGCAACAUUGCCGACUCGGACGUCGACUGGCUGCAGGGCUUUACAGCGGACGUGCUCAUGGGCCGCCUGCGAAGCCGCCACCCGAAGUCGUCGGUGACGCCGGUCGCCAUUUCGCCCAGCUUCGAACUCACGAACAUGGACAUGGAACGGCACAAGUCAAACGGCACGGCGGAGGCGCGGAGGCGCAGGCGGGCGGCCACCACGAGACAGCGGCGAGCGGCACCGGGCGGCGCCAUCGCGGCAAAUGGCGAAAAGCGCCGACGUGGAGGGCCCGAGCGUGGGCAGGCGCUGGCGCACAUGGAGGUGGCAGUGAACGAGGUGGACGCGAAGGAGAACGCCGCGGCGCAGCUCGUGCAGGCGCUGCAGGCGCUGCAGGCGCUGCAGGCGCAGAUGCAGGAGAUGCGAGAGGACAACAAGGCGGCAGCCGGCCCGCUCGGCGGCCGCUUCCCAGCGCCGCCGGCCAGCCUCACACUGACCUUUGGCACCGUCGGUCUCAAGGACUUUGUGUCCAAUUGGCUGUGGCACGCGGCGCGGGUGCGGCCGCGGCUCUCGUAUGGCGUCAUCGCGCUCGACGACGAGCUGCGCCACCUCUGCGACGUGUGGGGCGAGCCGGCCAUAUCCGCCCGCCGGCUGCUCGCCGGCGGUCCCGCCUCGGUCGACGCCGCCUUUGCCGCGCUCGGCGGCGGCUACGUGCGCGACGAGCGCGGUAAGUUCAAGCAGCUCGGCUACCUCAAGGCGCUGGCUACGGCACGGCUGCUCGAGCUGGGGUUCGACGUGCUGCUCAGCGACGCAGACGCCGUAUGGCUCGGCGAUCCGUGGCCGUGGAUCGGCAGCCGCGCGGGCGGCCAGCCGUCGGCCGACGCCGGAGACUUGCCGCUCGCUGACGUGCUCGCCUCAAACGACAUGCCCGACUUGCGGCGCGAUGGGCAGCCGGACUCGGUGUACAACUCGGGCGUGGCCUUCUUCCGCGCCUCGCCGGGCGGCAGAGGCGGCCGCGCGCGCCGCUUCGCGCUCGAGUGGGCCAACCGCACGCUCGCCACGGGCGUCAUCGGCAACGAUCAGACCGAGUUCAACCGGCUGCUGCGGAACCGGUACAUCGACGGCGACUACAGCUGCAACCGGCCAGAGUGCCUCGCGCGGGACCCCGGCAUGUACGUGCCGUACUCGGCCGAAUGGGCGGUGGAAUUGCCGCGGCAGAGCGAGGCGUGGCGGCGGUGCGAGGCGGAGCAGCGGCUGCUCUGCUGCGCGGGGCGCAAGCCGCGCUUGCCUGCGCGGCGCGUCUACUGGAUGUGGGGCGGGCGCGUGCGGUUCGGCCUCCUGCCGGCCGACCGGUUCCUGCAGGGCCCAACCUACUUUGUGUACCGGCUGCACGAGCAGCGCGCUGUGCCGCCUCUGCACGUGCACGUGACGUACACUAUGGGCGGUGGGGAAGGCAAGCGGUCGAGGCUGCGCGCCGCGGGGCUGUGGCAGGCGCUGCACCCGCGCCCGCGUAGACCUCCAGACCUCCCUCUGACCGCGCUUGCGUUGCUCUCGCGCCAGGCAGCGUCGCGCACGGGGGCGCAUGCGGCCGGCAGCGCGGCAGGCAAUUUCGCCGGCGGCGCCGGCUUUGUGCGGGUGACCGGCCUCGAUGCGUUGCUGCUCUCGCUGCUGGAUCGCAUGCGGCUGCCCCCAAAGGUGUGGGAGUGCGACCCUCCCCCCACCGACGCGGAGCGGGAGCGAGGCCACUUGCCCGACCAGCCGUCCGCCUUCUUUGCCCUGGAGGGCGGCGCGGGCAGCGCAUCCCGCUGCUACCACCCUCGCCACCUCUACGUGCAGCGGUCCGUGCUGCGCAACGCGCUCGCACUCGCUUCGGCGCUCGGGUGGCAGCUGGUGCGGCCGAGGCUCUGGGCGCUGUGCGAGCGGCACUGGUGGCACCUCAAGGACUGCCGGCUGCCGGGCAACCCGCUGCCGAUGCCGUACGAGGCGCCGUACGACACGCUCUUCAACCUCGAGGACUGGAACCAGGCCGGGGCGGAGGACGGAGCGGCGGCGGGCCCCAUCCAGCUGGCAGAGGAGGGCGAGGUGCGGGGCCUCGAGGCGCGGAGGCUGCACCUCCUUCCGCCGAGCGACGGAGGCGGCGGCGCUGCGGGCGGCAGCGUCAAGGGCGACCUCGUCCUCCCCCACGGCACCUCGUUCGACGCCGCAGCGCGCUUCCUCCGGCCGAGGCUCGGCAACGCCUCCGGCGGCCGGCGCGCAGUUGUUGAGCUCGACGUGCGCUCGCUGCUGCGCUUCUCGCCGUGCGGCUUUGACGACGAGGCCGCCGCGGCGCGCUUCCAGCGGCGCGUCGUCGAGCGGCUCUUCCGCGGGCAGUACUCGUACUGCGGCGAGGAGCGCAACCCGCACGUGGACGCGAUGCUGGCGAACGCGCGCGCCAAGCACCAACCCGAGGAGCCGCUGCUCAUGACGCGCCGCAAUUGCACGGGCCAGCCCGCAAACGACUUCAACAAGCCGAAAGUGGACUUGGGCCCUGAGGCGCUGCGGUACCUACCUCGCGGCGCGUGUGGCGAACGCACGGUGGGUGGCGGCAGCGACGAUGGCGCCGAGGCGACCCUGAAACGGGGCGUGGCGUUUGUAAGGCUCUCGUAG